AUGGGCACCAUCCCCUACAGCAGCUUUAGCCAUUGUUGGAUCCUUAUUGCUCAACAUUGGUCUAUACGAUUCAAGACCUUAGUCCAAUAUAGUAGGACUAAGCGUUUGGCACCUGGGAACUACUGUCGAGUUACACCUCCGGAACAUCAAGGGAAGGCUGAUAUAGUACCUCUCAAAAGGAGUCAUCAUAAUGCCGACUUUACAUUGUACUUUGUAUUCCAAAGACGUAAAUACUGUGUAGAUGAUACUACUGGGGAGGUGCAUAUGCUCAUCUGUCCAAUGAAUCUACCUAUUCAUAAAUAUACUAAUGAGACUUCCUCGACGAAAGGGUUAUCAGAGGACGAAGUCCAACGUAGACAGGAUUUAUAUGGUCUUAAUAAAGUCGACAUACCAGUACCACCUUUCUAUGUUCUUUACAGAGAUCAGAUAUUAAACCCAAUACCUAUAUUCCAGAUAUUAUGUUGUCUACUAUGGAUGAUGGAUGAGUAUUGGAAAUAUACUAUCUUCACCUUUUUAUCGAUCUUUGGUAUGGAAGCUGGUACUGUAUUCCAAAGAAGGCGUAAUUUAUUAACAUUGAGGAAUAUGGCUGGUAAAAACAUAAUACCGAUAUCUGUAUUAAGAGAUGGUAAAUGGAUGAGUAUUAUGUCGGAUCAACUUGUUCCUGGAGAUCAUACUACUAAUAAUAGAGGAGAACAGGUUGUUAUGAUACCGUGUGAUUGCCUUAUAUUACAAGGCAAUGCUGUUGUUAAUGAGGCAUCAUUAACUGGGGAAUCUGUACCACAAUUGAAGGAUGAGAUUGAUACUAGUGAUGAUGAUGAUAUAUCUAGAAUAUUGGAUAUGACUGGUAGAGAUAGGAUACAUAUACUAUUCAGUGGUACAUCAUUAUUACAAGCCACUAAUUGUACAUGUAUAGUAUUAAGAACAGGGACACAAUCAGCUCAAGGAGAGCUUACUAGGAUGAUUGAAUUCUCUCAACAAGAUGUUAGGACUGAUAAUAGGGAUACACUUAAGCUACUAUUACUAUUACUAUCAUUCGCAUUGAUGGCUGUUGGUUAUGUUAUCAAUCAGAGGAUAUCUGGUGAAGGUAGUAGUAGCUAUAAGCUACUACUAAGAUGUGUUAUGAUUAUCACUAGUGUUGUACCACCAGAAUUACCUAUGCAGAUGUCGUUAGCCGUGAAUACAGCUUUAAUGGCAUUACAUAAGAUAGGAGUAUUCUGUACAGAGCCUUAUAGAGUUCCUAUGGCUGGUACUAUCACACAUUGUUUCUUUGAUAAGACUGGUACACUUACAACUGAUCAAUUAUCAUGUACAGGGGUUGUAACAAAGGAUACUACUCGUAUAGGUCUAGGGGCUAAAUAUGUUAUUGCUGGAUGUCAUUCUCUUAUAUCUAUCAACAACAACAACAAGAAGAAGAAUAAGACCAAUAAGGAAGAACAAUCAGGGGUUAGUAAGAGUAGUGCGGAACUAUUGGGAGAUCCAGUAGAGUUGGCUGGAUUACAAGCUUUACAUUGGUUUUAUGAUAGUGAUAAUAAUACUUCUGGUCCAAUGAGUAGUGGUAAUAAGAUGACCCCUAAGCUCAAGAUUCUCACACGGCAUCAUUUCUCCUCUGCAUUACAGCGUAUGAGUGCUGUAAUUGAGCUUAUUAAUGAGCAGCAUAAGAAGAUAUGUGUAGUAAAGGGAUCACCAGAGACUAUAUUGGGUAUGUUGAAGGAUGCUCCUGAUGGAUAUCUAUCAACUUAUCGUACACUUGCUAAGAAGGGUAUGAGAGUAUUAUCAAUGGCAUUUAAGGAGGGAUCGUCUGAUUGUGAUAAGUGGCCAAGAUCACGUGUAGAAGCUGAUCUUGAGUUUGCUGGCUUUAUCACAUUUGCUUGUGAUCUACGUAAAGAUACUGCUACUGUCCUUAAGGCAUUGACUGAUGCUAAGAUGCCGUGUAUAAUGUUGACUGGUGAUUCAGCAUUAACAGCAGCACAUGUUGCUAAUGAGAUUGGUAUAUUUGAUAAUGAUGGUAGUAAGCCUAAGUUGAUGUUAACUAACGAGAGAGUAUGGGUAAAUAUAGCUACUGAUGAGGUAUAUACUACAUAUACACCGUCCGUUGAUGCAGUGAAACAACUUGCUAGUAGUGCUGAUCUCGUUGUUGGAGGUGAUGUAUUAACCCAAUUGGAGGAGGAGGGGGAUAAGACACUAUAUAAUACAGCACAUUAUAUCAAGGUAUUUGCUAGAGUAUCACCACAACAGAAAGAAGAGGUAGUGAGGUUGGUUAAGAAGGUCCCUAAUGAGAAUGCUGUUAGUGGUGAUAAUAUGUUACAUCCUCUUAUGUGUGGUGAUGGUGGUAAUGAUGUUGGUGCUUUAAAGCAGGCUGAUGUUGGUGUUGCCCUUUUAUCGGGCUUUGGUGACUCUAAUGCAACAUCAUCAUCGAGUAAGCAAGAAGCCACUGAUGAUGGUGGUAAGCUAUUGGAAGGAGAGGGAACAGCAGAGGAUAAGUUGGAAGAGGAUCAAAAGCUACUAGCUAUGAGAGAGAGACAAUUAGCAAAGGAGUAUAAGACUGAGUUUAAUGCUAGGAGACAAGUUGUGAUGCAGAAUCAACAAGCAUGGUUCCAGGAAGAGCUUAAUAAGCUUACUAAUAAUAAUGAAGGCAAUGUUGGCUUCUCUACCUACUUUACAGCAAUGAAGAAUUCCUCAGCUAGGCUAAGAGCUGAGCUUACUAAGGUACAAAAGGAGUUACAACAGAAGUAUGGUGCUAAUGCAGCUUGGGGGAGUGGCAUGAAUAAAGGCGGUGGUGGCAUGAUGGCUUCUAUCAUUGAGAAUGCUCAGAAACAGAUGCAAGAUGCAGAUGCUGGUGGACAACAACAACAAGAGGGUAUGAAGCCUGUAGUACAGUUAGGGGAUGCAUCAGUAGCUGCACCCUUUACAUCAAGGGCACCUAGUAUAAGGAGUGUUAUACAGAUUAUAAGGCAGGGUAGAUGUACAUUACUAUUAAAUGUACAAAUGAUGCAGAUAAUGAUGCUUGAUUCUAUGGUCAGCGCAUACACAUUAGCUGCUGGAACCAUUGAAGGUGGUAAUGCUACUGAGCUACAAUUGAUAUUCUCUGGUAUAUUAACAAUGGUGGCGAGUAUUGCCUUUAGUUAUGCCAAGCCGGCUGAUAGAUUAUCGGAUGUAUUGCCAAUACGAUCGGUAUUCCAUCCUGCGAUAUUCCUAUCAGUGAUGGCCCAAGUAGCAGUGCAUCUAUAUGUCCUUGUUAGAGCUAUGGAUUUGGCGAAGACAGCUAUGGGUAGUAGUAGUAGUAGUAGUAGUAGUAUACCAUAUAAGCCAAAUCUCCUCAAUACAGUAAUGUUCCUAGUGAAGAGCUCACAACAAGUAGCCGUACUAGUGGUCAACUAUAAGGGCCGUCCCUGGAUGCAAGGUUAUCUCGAAAACCGUGCAUUAUUCCUCUCAGCAUUUCUCUGUGGUGCUGGCUUAUUUGUAUUAGCAUCUGGUGUAAUACCAGUCCUUAACCACUUCCUAGAGCUCAUGGUACUCCCUGAUGACCUUAGGAAUAGCGUCCUUGGUAUGUUAUUAGCAUCAACAGUUGGUAUAUUCCUUUUGGAUAGGAUAAUACUAGCUAUAUUCGUCCCUAAGGUCUUUUAUGCAUCAACAAUAAAGCCCCUACUUUCUACUAAGCCUAGGGAUUUUAUACCACUACUUAAGACUAUGGUAUACGUAUCUGGUGGCCUCUUGAUAGUACCCAUAGUACUUAGUAGCCCAUUGUUGAUGAUUGGUGCAUUCUGGGCUUAUCGGAAAUAUAAGGGGAUGAAGGAACAGAAGGAGCAGGAGCAGCUAAUGAAGAUAGAUGAACAGAGGAAACAGUUAAAGAAGGGUACCGAUAAGAAACCCAUUGCUAACGAGUAA